UCUUUUUGGCUCAAACUCCCUCUAUUUAAACAACUAAGCUUUUCUUUUUCAUCAUAAGUUUCAAACAAUAAGAAAACAAUAUUAUUGUUAUCAGAUAAACAGAUGGGACUAUCCUUCACCAAACUUCUUAGCAGUCUGUUUGCUAAGCGAGAACUGCGAAUUCUGAUGGUUGGUCUUGAUGCUGCUGGUAAAACCACAAUUUUGUACAAGCUCAAGUUGGGUGAAAUUGUCACCACCAUUCCCACCAUUGGUUUUAAUGUAGAGACCGUUGAAUACAAGAACAUUAGCUUUACUGUGUGGGAUGUUGGUGGGCAAGACAAGAUCCGGCCUUUAUGGAGGCAUUAUUACCAAAAUACACAAGGGCUCAUCUUUGUAGUGGACUGUAAUGAUCGAGAGCGUGUGAUGGAGGCAAGAGAUGAAUUGCACAGGAUGAUGAAUGAGGAUGAAUUGAGAAAUGCAGUGCUCCUCGUGUUUGCAAACAAGCAAGAUCUUCCAAAUGCCAUGAAUGCAGCCGAGAUAACUGACAAACUUGGUUUGCAGUCUCUUCGACAAAGACACUGGUACAUUCAGAGCACGUGCGCUACAUCUGGAGAGGGCCUAUACGAGGGACUGGAAUGGCUUUCUAACAACAUUGCUAAUAAGGUGUAAGAAAUAUCUGGAUGGUUCUAUCAUUCGGAGCCAAUCAACCGUUGCAGGCAUCACCUUUCGCCUGGCUGUCUUUUGUUGCUCAUUUACUCUUUCGUGAAUUACUUACCAUAUGCUUGUUUUGAUGAUGUACUAGUGUCCCAGAGCCUUGCCUUCAGAGGAUCUGUGUUUCAUACUUGCUUGUAAUUUGUAAAGAUGUGAAAUAAACAGUGGCCUUAUACUUGAGCAGAUUA